AGAAAACAAUUCCAUAGAGAGUUGAGUUAAUAAGCCUUGCCCUCCCUGCAUAAAACAAGUGUUUUGUUGCCCAAGAAGUAAUUCUUGUAGUGAGUUUCUCCACAAGCUUGUCACAUUCUUUGUGGCUGAUUCUCGCAGCUGAAAUGGGGCCUCCAAGAGUAUGAAUAAUUAUAAACUAAAUCACAGCUGAAGAGUCGGGGCCCCAUAUUUCGAGAUUUGGUCAUUGCCGGAUCAAUUUUGAAGCACAUUAGCAAAGCCGCUUCUCUUGUUGAGGAAGGAUUUGUUUUCUUUUGCUUCCCCUGAAUCAUAUUCCUUCUCAUCGCCGGUGUAAAACAAACCGAUAGAUGUAUUGACUCUGGCUCCCUUUAAUUCUUCAUUCAAACGGGAGACAAAGAAAUGCUAGGGAUUUCAUAUGGGGAGUUGUUUUUAUUGCUCGGAGCUACUGCCGCUUUAAUUGGACCCAAGGACCUUCCUCUCAUAGCAAGAACAGCUGGAAGGUUAUCUGGUCGCGCUAUUGGCUACGUUCAAAUGGCUCGUGGUCAACUUGACAGUGUCAUGCAGCAAACUCAAGCUCGUCAGGUCCAUAAAGAACUUCAAGAUACAAUUGCUCAAUUAGAAGCCAUACGACAUGAAAUCCGAACCAUUUCUUUCAUCAAUCCUGGUCCAUUAACUACAAGGCUAGUUGAUAACAUAAAAGACCACCAAUCUGCUGCUGCUGCUGCUGGCACUGGUAUCAUGGAAACUGGACCUGCAAAAUCUGACAGUGAGGGCACACCUGUGACUAUUACUCCCAAGGAUUUUAAUGCUAAGGCCUCAACCUCUUCUGAAAUGCACAGCCAAGCAACUGCGUAUGCAAAACUGGCUGAAAUCACAUCAGUGAACACCAAGUCUGAAAAUAGUGAAGCUCUGGAUGAGCUUACUGAUGGAUCUGGUAAUCUUGUACUCCCAGUUUCUGCUAAAAGUGCAGGGCUGUUGCCUGAUCAUACAGCUGAUGCAAAAGGAUCUGACAUUGUCUUAGAAGCUAUUAUAGAGGCAGAUGUGGCACAAAACGCAAAGAAGUUUUUCUCACAACCCCAAGACCAAAUGAAUUGUGAAUAGAGGAAUAAAUUCUAUAAAAAACAAUAGAUUACUUGAUCUAAAAAGUGAAGUAGUAAAACACAAAUGAGAAGUCACUCCAAAUCCAAAACACUCUAAGGGUCCAUGGUGCCAAUAGUAAAACAACACAACUUAAUCAAAACUUAAAAAUAAUUCAAAAAUUAAAAGUGAAAAAAAUAUAUUAAUGUGAAUCACCUUUGAAAAUAUUGGCAGUAUAAUCAACUAUAAUACACAGUACUUUGCAUUACUUAAAAUAGAUAAAAGAAAAGCUUUCAAAAAAAAGAAAAAAAAAGAAUACUGAUGGGUUAAAAAAAAGAAAAAGGAAGUACUUGC